AUUUAUUUCUUAUAGUCACGCAAGCUGUUUUCUGGAGCAAUGGCUCAGGCAAAUGGGAUGACGCCGGUGAUACUGAUGCUGGUGACUCAGGUAGCUCUCGCCAGCGUCAACAUCUUCUUCAAGUUUGCCAUAAGUAGCGGCGUGAGCCUACCUGUCCUCAUCGCGUACCGCUUCCUCGUCUCCACCGCGGUUAUGGUUCCUCUUGCUUUCUUCUUCUGCCGGGAUAAAAUACCAAAAAUGACAUGGAAAAUUAUCUUCCAAGGCUUCCUGUGUGGCUUAUUCGGGGGAUCAUUAGGGCAGAAUCUAUUUUUCGAAAGUAUGGCACUAACGUCGGCUACAUACAUUACUGCAGUGCUUAAUCUUUUACCCGCCAUAACCUUCAUCGUUGGUAUCUCUGUAAGGUUGGAGAGAUUAGAGUUUGGAACUGCGGCUGGGAAAGCAAAAGUAUUCGGGACAAUAAUGGGUAUGGGUGGGGCGAUGCUGUUCACCUUUUACAAAGGCUUUUCCAUUGAUUUUUUGCAGUCCAACAUCCACCUUCUUCCCCGAAACAGCAUUCACCUGGCUUUGCCGGCGUCCGAUCACCGUGUCUUGGGAGCUUUUUUGGCUCUUGCUGGCUGCUUCUCCUAUGCUAUAUGGAUCAUUAUACAGGCAAAGAUGAGCGAAACAGUGCCAUGCCAUUACACGAGCACGGGAUUGAUGAGCGUAAUGAGUUUCUUUCAGUCGACAAUUUAUGCUUUGUGCGUGGAAAGAGAUUGGUCGCAGUGGAAGCUCGGGUGGAAUAUUAGGUUAUGGACCGCUGCAUAUUCGGGAACAAUGGGAGCACUAGUAGUGACACUAAUGGCAAUUUGUUCGAGACUAAAAGGCCCACUCUUUGUAUCGGCCUUCGCCCCUCUCAUGCUCAUAAUUGUCGCCUUAGCUAGUGUUUUGUUCUUAGACGAAAAGCUUUACUUAGGAAGUUUGCUUGGAGCAAUGUUGAUUGUAUGUGGGCUAUAUGUUGUGUUAUGGGGAAAAAAUAAGGAGAUGAAGAAAAGGAUGAGUGAAUUAGUUCUAUCGAAUGAAAUCCAAACAUAAAAACCACUCGAGAUUGUUUGUUGCGAGUGGUAGCGAUGGCAGCUCUCCGGCAUAGAUGUAAAACUCUAGAAAAAUUAAUGACUCAAGUGAAAAAAAAAAUGAAGAAGAGAGGAUCAGUUUUUGUUUAUUAACCAUAGUGUAACUAUAUCAUUAUUUUGAGCAAGUUAGUAUGAACAAAAUUAUUUUCUCAAUCUUAUAUAUAUGCAUAGUUUUUUUUUUAUUUUUAUAAAAAGGGCAUUCAUAUAUAUAUAUGCAUAGUUGCUUUUCAUUAGUUGGUAUGUGGCCUG